AUGGGAGUUCCAGCAUUUUUCCGCUGGCUAUCAAAGAAAUACCCGUCGAUCGUCGUCCAUUGUGUAGAAGAAAAGGUGAGUCGAUGGAAGGAUUGAUAGCCUAGCUUGUUGUUGAUCUAACUACACGUGUUUGAGAUUUACUCUUUGAGCCGGUAUUUUGCGGUCUUUCUGCCCUGUUGCUAUGAUAGUCAAUUAAAUAGAAUAUUAAUUCAUUAUGAUCAAUGUAGGAAGGCCGUUUAAAUAGAGAUCAGUGCCAACUGUUUGUCAAAGAAACACUUUAAAAUUGAGAUUUCUCAUCGCGCGGACUCGGAAACAGUCCUCUUAAGAUAGUGAAAGCACUUUCUCAAAGUGAGAAAGCUGACUUGAUCGAGGAUCAAAACUUGAGCACAGGGUUUUUUGUUCAUUAAUGAACGAUUUUCUUAAAUUAGGAAGUUUCUAUAUUGGAUUGCUAAUAAAGAACUAGGUUAUGUUACAGUGUGCAUGUAUCUUAUAUACCUCUUCUAAAAGGACCAAUUUCGCGUUUUUAUUAUUGAUCAAAGUGGUAGGGAAAGGCAAAAUAAUAAUUUGGUUUUAUCAACUGAGGAUAAUGUAUAUUGGCCACUGUAUAGAGAUUCUAAAGCUGAUUUUUCAACAGUUACCCCUUCAUUGAUUGCUCUGAUGAAGGGCUAAUACUUGAAAUGUCAGUUUUAGAAUCUAUUUCCUGUGGCUAAUUAACAUUACCAACCAAGUUUAUAAAACCAAAUUAUCUAGUAAUACCCCCUUCACCAAUGCAGGACCACAGUUUCUUUAGAAACUUGAAACGCUUAUCCAUUGAAGGAAAAAUGAUUGUAUAGCACCAUGGCACAGAAAUUUUGGUACGCAAAAUGAACAUUUACCUUAUUUUUUCACCAUCCUAGGGAUGUGAAGUUGAUGGGGUCAGAGCCCCAGUGGACACAAGUUUACCAAACCCCAAUGACUAUGAAUUUGAUAACUUAUACCUGGACAUGAAUGGAAUCAUUCAUCCUUGUUGUCAUCCUGAAAACAAGUAAGCAGCAAUUUUUAUAUUUGUGUUAUUUAAGCUAAGUGUGGCCUAUUCUGUAUGAGUACAUCCUUGAUUUGGGAGAUUAGAGCAAAUGGGAACAAGUCUUAAUGUGAUUUCUCUGUUGUAUUGUAUGGUUGUAUUACUUCUCCUCCUCUUUCUUUCCUCCUGCAUAACUAUUGUUGUUACUGGUUAACCCUCUCUGUACUGUAGGUGUACUUUUUGCAUACAUUAAGUAAAAGAAAGAAACAUUUUAUAAUUUAUUUCCAGGCCAGCUCUAAAGAAUGAAGAUGAAAUGAUGGUGGCUAUUUUUUAGUACAUUGACAUGUACUUUUUUAAAAUUUAUUUUUACCCCUGGUUGAAGAGAUGCACUGUGUACAUAACCUGUUUUACCCAAGGACACAACAAAAUGACCUGGUCUCAAACCUAGACCUCUAGAACAGAAGCCUAGUGCACAGACCAUUAAGCCACCACAUCUCUUGCUCAGGGAACACUCUGUAAAAUUUUACUCUUGGUUAAUGUCGCAAAUGGAGGCUAAGUGCCUGGGAGACCUGGGGGCUGAAACCACAAUAGGAACUUGAGGCACCUGAACACCAGAUUGGCCUGCCCAACCUGCAAUCAAGCCACAAGCAUCCUACACCAAGCUCCCUAUGAGCACUGUCACACAAGAGCCAGAUGGCUGAGUGGAGGAAAACAUGAAUAAAGAAAUGAAUCAAGAGAUGAAAAAAAAAUAAUAACUAGAAAUAAACCCUGCAGUUAGGGUUGGGGGGACAAAAUGCCAAGAUCCAAAAUCUGCAAGGACAACAACACCACAACAUAGAAGGGUGAUUACAAUGCGAGCACAUGGUAGAACAACACAUGCACUGAUAAGGUAUACCACUGGAUAAGGACAGCCUCAAGGUCCCUAUGACAAAAGUACUGCGCCAAACAGAAUGCAACCAAUGCUGCAUGAAUGCUAACAGCCAGUUAAGACAUUUAUUAAACACCUCAAAAUGCUACUGACCAUAUUUGCUCUUAGUAUGGCAUAUUCCAUUUAACUAUAUUUAACAUUCAUUACCCACUACAGUCAAUUUCUUCUUUUUUUUUCUUUUUCUUUUUUUCUUUCUUUUUUUUUUUAGAGAAUCUUCUCUAUAGUAAGACCCAGAAAGUUGCUUUCCAUGGCCAUUGAUUGAGUGGUAAGAGGCACUUUGCUAGGAUAUUUAUUAAUCUGUUAUAAAAUAUACAUUUUUUUAAUAAAUAUAUUUUGCUUAUUUAUGAUGAUAUUUAUGCAUGCUUGUCUUUAAUUUUUUCAUUACAGGCUCCAAGGGCAAAAAUGAAUCAGCAAAGAUCUUGUCAUUUCAGAGCAUCUAAACCAAGUUAGUAAUGAAACAGUAACCCAAUUAGUGCAAAUGUUUGCACACUACAGAUGAAAACAUAAUGGCAGGAAAUGCUAAAUUUAACCUUUUUUAGGGAAAAAGCAGAGGAAAUGGCAAGAAUUCAAAAUGAAUUGAUGGAAAAAGGUAUUCAAAAUGAUACUUAAAUGUAUAUUACUUUCUGUUCAUGGCACUUAUUUUUAUGAGCAAUGAACUUAUCAAAAUUGGAAAUGAUGUAUCAUCUCCAAAGUUGCUCAUGAUUGUCUGAUCAGACAAGUGAGGUCAUGUUUUCUAUAUUCCAAAUGGAAAAGUUACCCCUCCCAGAUGUUCAGACAGGCCAAGUUUCAUGCAGUUUGGAAUUGCACACUUACACAUUUUAUAACUUUCUUCUGUAGGAGCUCUUUUACCACCAGAAAAAAGAAAAACUGAACACUUUGACAGUAACUGUAUUACACCAGGAAGUGUAAUCGUGUAAAACUGGUUCUGGUUGUCCAUUGUGGUGAAGUGCAAUAGUCAUAAUUAGAUCAUUAUCAUUUGUCGUAUUCAGUAUUAAAUAGUCAUUUACCAAUGUGGAUUGAAUUUGUCCACAUACUGCUAGUCCUCUUCAGGCAAUGAGGUUGGUGUGAUUGUUGGCAUGCUGUGAUUAAUGAUUCUUAACCCUUCAACUCCUGUGAGUGACCAAGACAGAAUUUCUCCUCACAAUAUCAAGCAGACAAGUGAUGAGAAUGAAGAAAAAUAUCAGUUAGGGUUUAUAAGUUGAUCCAAUACCAAAUUCUUCAAACUAACAUCACAAGAACUGUAUGACAGACAGCAAGGAGAAUUAACAAUGAGAUCUUGGGAGUUAAAGGGUUAACAGAUGUUAUUGGUAUAUUUUGUAUGUUACAAGGAUGACAUCUGUAAAUCAUGUCUUUUACCUGUGUAUGAAAUAACUGUAAUUGUGAACAAAAAGGUUUAACCCUUUAACUCCUAUGAGUGACCAAGACAGAAUUUCUCCUAACAACAUUAAUACAGUGGCUAACAGACAAGUAAUGAGAAUGAAGGAAAAUAUAAACUAGAGAUUAUUAGUUGAUCCAAUACCAAAUUCUCCAAACUAACAUCAUUUUAAUUAUAUGGCAGACAGAAAUGAGAAUUACUAAUGAGAUCCUAGGAGUGAAAGGGUUAUAUCAUUCCAAAGUAGGUGGUUUACAAUGUUGUGCUUCACUCUAUGAUCCGAAUAGGCUGAUGCUUGGACAUAAAUGAGUAAAUUUUCUCUGUUAUGCUCUUGAUUCUUUCAUGAUUCUAGUGGAAAACAGAGAUGGCAGACUUGCUCACUAGAUGUGUAUAAUUUAUGGUCCUGAGUGAAGAUUGGCAAUUGUUUAUAACUGGUUGAUGUUAGACUAUACUGUUAUAUCACUGUUAUAUCAUGUACUUCAAAUGUGUAUUGGACUGAGAAAAUUCUCUGAGUGCGAAUUUUUCUUUGUUACAGGGAACAGAGUUCAUGGCCAAUUUGUCCGUAUGUUUAAGAUAUUACAUUGCUGAUAGAUUAAACAAUGAUCCUGGAUGGAGAAAUAUAAAAGUAAGUACCUUGCACCUUAAUGUAAGUUUUGAUAGUUUUGUUCUCUUCUGGUGACUUCCAGUGACUUAGGAAUUUUUCCUAAUGAUAUGAAUACAUUUUUAAAUAGUCAGGUGAUGAGUGAGAAAGAAAGGAAAGUAUCAAAGCAGGGUUAUUGUUUGCUUGAACACUAGUUUCUCAGAACUUAAAUAAUUUAAUCUCCAUGGCAGAAGUGUAUGGAAUGAUCAUUGAGAUUACAUAAGUGUAAGAAGCACCAGAGAACCGUGAAGGAAAAUUGACACAACACUGGGGUGACUCGCAAAAGAAUCCUUUACCAUUCAAAGGGAACAACAACUCUCUGAGGGCUAACUAUGUCAAACAAUUUUGUAUGCAGCUUCAGCCUUGACCUUCUACUGUAUACCCUAACAUCACUUUGCAUUUUCCCCAUACGAUUCUCUACACAUUUUCUUUGGUGCUGAAAAUUGCAGUUGCAUCUCUUUUUUGUUUGUUUCAGCAAGUCCACAUCCUGAGCCAAACACAAAGCACUGUUUGAAUGGCGCUGACG